CCAGAGGGGUUGAGAGGAAGAAAAAAGGGGGAGUAUCCUGUCUUCUCUGCCCUCCUGUACUGCUGCAGCCCCCCCUCCCCUUCUUCUCUCUCUAUGAUUCUCUCUCUCUUUCCCCUUACUCAUCUGUUUCUGGAGCUGUACUGAGAGGAAGGGCACCUGCCGCUCCCUGAUGAUUCAGCCUUUCAGCUUCUUGGAGCUCCUCGCGCAGACAGCAUGUCCCUCCUGCCUCUGCAGUGGCUGGCCGUCCCGUCCUCCGCACCACAGCCCCUGCAGUCGGCCCGUCACGUCCACACCGCCUCCCAGCGCUCAGCCAAUUCUAUUUAUAGACUGAUUUCCUGUGGGGAAGCAUGAGUGAGUCUACCUACCUCCCAGACUGUUAGGUUCCUACUCACUCUUCAGACGUUCCUGCCGCCUCAUGAUGGAAAACAUAGUCGAGGAGACCGGGGGCCGACUGUGUGAUGCUCUGUAGUCUUCAGAGAGCCAAGCAUGACUGAGGGAAUGGAGGACAUCUCUCCCCCUGCUGGACCGGCCUCCCCCACCAGCUCUGAUACCGGACAAGUCCCAGAGGAGAAACCAGAGGAGACGGAGGCAGCUGGCGAGGGUGGGGAGGAGGGUGCAGAGGGUGGCGGGGAACGUGUGGGGGCUUUGGGAGUCGUGGCCCUGCCGGGGACCUGCUGUGUGUGCAUAGAGAUGGAACGGAUUAACAGUUGCCUGCACUCAGAGAAAAUCUGCAUCCUUCCCAUCCUGGCCUGCCUGCUGAGCUUGGCCCUGUGCACCGCCGGCCUCAAAUGGGUCUUUGUGGAUAAGAUCUUUGAGUACGAACCCCCCACACACUUAGACCCCAAACCUAUCGGACAGGACCCGAUCAUCAUAUCGGUGACCCCCACGCUGGGACUGACUGUGUCCAUGCCUCACUCGUCUACCUCCUUUGUCUCCCUGACCACCGCCAUUACCCCGGGACGUCCUGACGUUUUAACGGGGGAGAAAUCCACACGAGGGCCGUACGCGUCGUCCCCACGAGUGACUCACGCUGAUGCCUCUGUCACGCUGAAAUACAACGCAGAGCAGCCCACCCUCCCAAAGCAGACUCCCCUCCCUCGGACGACACAGGAGAGAAACGACAUCUUCAUCCCGACCAAAUCUUCCGCAUCCACCACCACCACAGCAAAGACCUCCAGUCAUGUGACCCGCUGCAGCGACAGCCAGAGGAACUACUGUGUGAACGGAGGGGAGUGCUUCACCCUGGAGAUCAUGCCAGGGAGCACAAAGUUUCUCUGCAGGUGCUUGGAUGGAUUCACUGGGCACCGAUGUGAACAAGCAGUGCUUAAGAAAGUCUCAGACCCAAAACAAGCCGAGGAGCUGUAUCAGAAACGCAUUUUAACAAUAACAGGGAUCUGCAUUGCACUCCUAGUCGUUGGAAUCAUGUGUGUGGUUGCCUACUGCAAAACAAAGAAGCGGAGGAAGGAGCUCCAUGACCGUGUGAGGCAGAGUCUGAGGAAAAAGAGAAACAACAAAAGCAAUACCGGUGUCGACCCCAACAUGGCAAGUUCAGCCAGAGAAUGUCCGAGUUCUAACUUGCCUCUUCAAGAUUUGCAGCUCAUCAAUCAAAGUGACGGGAAGACUGCGCAGCAUGCAGCUGAGGGGGAAACAGAAACAACCUUCUCCUCAAGCAAACCCGCUUUAUCUGCGCAUGAACCCAACACCACAUUCACCAACAUCUCGAGCCAAAGGUUUGUAUCUGACAGAACCCCGACUGCAUUGUCUCCGGGGUGUUGCACCUCUCCUGCAACUCCAGGGUCUCCCCCGUCCGAGAUGUCAGCCCCCUUGUCCAGCCUGGCCAUCUCCGUCCCCUCCGUGGCUUUGAGCCCCUCUGGUGAGGAGGAGCGCCCCCUGCUGUUGUCCAACACGCGUCAGACCAUGAGCCGAGACGAACAGAAGAGGAACUCUGCUCACUACAACCACGGCCACGAGGCACACAGCCUACCACCCAGUCCUCUGUUCACCAUGGAGAACGGUUACUACCAGGUCAUAGGUGAGCAUGACACCACAGCUGUGGGCCAUAUGUUCUCAGCUGAGGAGGUACUCAAGACAAACAACAACAUCGACAGCUGCGGCACCAAAAGAGCGAGCUAUGUUCUGCAUAAUCUAGAGUCCAGUGGGGACAGCAUGCCAGUGAUCGAAGCAGAGGAGCCUCAGGGGGAACACACACCCUUCCUCACCACACAUAGCACUACGACCCUGUUGCUCAGGGCGAUGGACAGCUGCAGGACUAACCCAGCAUUACCAAAUGGUGACCUGCUUGAAAUGUCGUCCAGCAGUUUCACCGUCAAACCAGAUCCAGUUGCUGUACAAGGUUAAGAAGUAAAAUGCUGAUUGCUGUUGAGGGUAAAAAAAAAAUCAAAAAAAGUCACGAUUAAACCUUUAUUUUCUAUACAUUAUUUGCUGUGUAAAGACUUUUAAAGACAAAUGAGACUUUUAUUUUAGUGAUGUAGUAAAUAAAGAGUUUUAUAAAAUAGAAAAUGUACACGCGUCUCGUAGGUAAAGUGCCAUACACUAGUAUGUAGCAGACAGUAUGUUUCAGUGCAGAAAAAUAUCAAUGGUGCCUUUCUGUUUAGUAUGCUUAAGGGAACUGCAACAUUGCAUACUGGGCCAUAUAUAUUCAUCAUCUUAAUCUUCCAGUUAACAAUCAAGAGUAACUCGCUGGCUGCUUUGAACGUGCCCACUGACACGACUGAUAUUUUGGUUUGACGUUUUUCUACGAGGUGCAUGUAACUUCCUUAAAAUGCUGUGAUGGGAUACUGAGCAGUUGCUUCCUUUGACCUGAUACGUCAACACGAUGUCUCUGAAUGAAUGAUCAAUCAGCUGCAUUUGAGGACUUUUUUAUUUCCUGCUGAUUGUUUAUAACUAUUAGAAAAAGGUGCAAAGUCUGGGUCUGCUGUGUUACUAAUACUGUCACUUAUAUUCCUAACAUAACCCGGUAGAUUUUUAGCCUUUUUGUUAAAUGUUACAGUAGGAUUUGAUCUGCACAUUUCAAGUUUACAAUAUGUUACAGUAUACUACACUGGUGUAGCAUUGCAUCUUGUUUAGGGACUCACAAGGUCAAGAAGAAAAAAAUACAGACGUUCUUUCCAAAUCAAAGGCCUGAAUAUAGAGUGGUGCAGGGAUGACGUAGCAUUGAAGCUAGCAUCACAUAGCACUUCCUCGACAAUGCAUUGGGAUAUUCCCACAUGAUUUUGGUAUAUAUUGCAGAAAAUAAGCUCUGUGGCAAACACACAGCAGGAUAAUCUCCACAUAUUAACACCAUUUUAGGAUUUUUCAAAGUGUAAAUGCAAUUGCCAGAAGCAAAAUGCUAAUGCUAAGCUAUAACCAAACCACAUCGCUAAGCUAAUGGCGGCUAAUGUUUGGCACGUUGAGAAAUCCCUCUUUGUUGGCAAACUGCAUUUUGUGACUCAUCAAAACUCUGGACAUUAAGGAGAGCAGCAUUCACUGACUUGUUAACAUCUCUUAGCCUUUCUUUACCACAAAAAUGUACAAAAAAAACGUUGAGCAAAAGUUCCUGGGUUUUCAGGACUUGUUUCUGCACCACUCUAUACCUUGACAUUAAGUCUGAGCCAUUGCUGGUGCAUCCUACAUUUCUCCAAACGCUCGAUAGUGUCUGUAUGCUGGCAGGUCCCCAUAUCUCCACAGGGCGUCUCAGAUAAGAUGGUGCCUUCAAAGUGCUAUAUUUCUUAAUGAGAACACUCCAGAUACGUGUGCCUUCCAUCACCAGUAUGAUAUUACUGAUUGCAUCUUUAAAUGCAACAAUAUCUUCGACGUGUGCACUGAAUGGAAGACAGGAUAUAGCUUAUUCAUGAAGACAUCCCUGAGUAAUGCAUUUGGGAGAUUCAAGAGAAUACAAAUCAAGGUUUCCUGCUUUAAUUGUUCAGUCAUAUCUGUUACGAUAGGCAUUUGUUCGUCCAAAUUCAACUUAGAUUUAAACCCCAGCUUGUGUUCAAAUGUGCAAUGGUGUAUUGAUCAUAAGAGAGCAUUAUUAACAACACAAUGUCUGCUAACAUGUUUAUGAAAAUCUGCCAAAGACCGUCACCGUGUCUAGAGUCGACAAUGAACAGAUUAACAAAAAAGACACACCAUUAUCCGGCUCUGUAACCACGGUUUGUUUAACUGUAUUUAUGUAGAAUCAGCUUGUAUGAGUAAUGAUGACGCAGACGUGCUGCUAAGUGUUUAAUUCCCAUGCUCCUGUGUUUUUAUCUGUGCAUUAAGAUUAUUAUUUAUAUUGUGCUCUUUGAAAGCAUGAAGUAAUUAUUUAAGUUCUACGAGCCAUCUGUCACAUGGUUAUCAAUUGAAAUUAACUUAUUUGCAUAUUUUGUCACGUGUGUAUGCUCUACAUAACUCAAUGCAUUGCUUUUAGGUUUAGGACUGUCUUCAAACGAUGUAAAUACACCAUGAAAACCUUCUGCGCUGUUGUUUCUAAUUAAAAAUAUUAAAUCAG